UAUGAUUUCCCCAGAAAAGAAAAUAGACAUUUUGGGGGAAGCUAGCUGGCUAUGAUUAAGAGCUACCCUCCUGCAGCGAAUAAAAGCUUCACUAUCUCCUGUUUUCUGAACAUUUAGAUGUGCUUUUCAACCGACACGUUGCCAAGUGGUUUAAAGUUAAAAUAAAUACGUAUUUUUACGGCUGUCAACUUGCAGUCGCGUUAGCUACGUUGUUGCUAAGCUAGCUUCCAGUUUUGUUUCCAAGUAACCUGACCAGCGAGGUCUGCUGUGAUGGCUGACUUCAGCAGCAGCAUCAUCAUGACGUCUUCUGAACCCCCAGCGGUUGGAGGUGGGCCUGCAGGAAAAACAGCGUCAGGAAAUGGAAACUGGGACGGAGCAGUCGCAGGCGGGAUGGACCAGAUAACAGUGGUGAGAAUAGACGACACACACAUUGCGGAGGAACAGUGUCAAGACGGGGGGGAGGUAAAAGACGCCGCGCAUUGCUACGAGGUGGAGUACUCGAUGCCUGCGGCGGAGGAAGAAGAAGAAGACAGCGUCUACGUCAUCGAGUAUUCAAAUCCCGAAGAGGAAGGAGAGAGCUACCAGUUCACGAUGUCUGUGGACAAAUCGCUGCCGGCCAAAAAGCCGAUAAUUACACAUCCCGCGGCGAGAGAGAGCGCCGGAGCUCCUCCGCCCGUGCUGUCCAAACCGUCCGUGGCGCCGAGGCCAAGACCCGGCGCGGGGCGGAAGAGGAAGCUGAUGGCGGAGGAGGGAAAAGAGGAGGAAGAGGUUCUGAGCAACAAGAGCGUGCUGGAGCUCGGGGAGCACUACAGCGACGUGAUGGGGGCGAACUCGGCCGUGGGUCCGAGUCAGCUGGUGUGCACGCUGUGCCCGCCGCCCGGCAAGUUCUUCAAGAGAGGCUCGGGUUUGGCCGUGCACCUGAAGCACAUGCACAACCUGGACACCAACAAGAAGUUCUUCUGCGCGCCGUGCCAGCGCUCGGUUCGCACUCAGAUCGAACUGGACCGGCACACGAAACGCCACGCCAACAAGGCCGCCGUGUUCACCUGCCACCUCUGCCCGGUGGAGGCGGGGAAGAGGGGGUACAGGGGCUCGCGGUGCGGUCUGAAGAGUCACCUGGAGACGGAGCACCCGGGCGUCAUCCCUCGCUGCCACAUCUGCAACAAAGGCUUCCAGUCGAUCGUCACCUACCUGGCCGAUCAGUUCAGGCACGUGGGCGUGUCGCCCCACCACUGCGCCAAGUGUCAGAUCUACGAAAUGACGUCGAGGGGUCUGCUUAUUCACAUCAAGAACCACGACAAGAAGAAGAAGAAGCAGCAGCAGGAGGAGGAAGAGUCCGGUGAAAACCACCAGUCUCACCGAGUCUCCGCCAACGGCGAUAACUCUGCCACAGACGACUCUGACUUCUGACACGUUUUUUUUGUUUAAGUUCGGUCUGUUUUUAGACUAAAUCAUGACUAAAUCGCCUCUUUGUCGGACGUGUCUGGCUUUUAUGCAUCUUUGACGGUUGUGAUCUGAACUGUAGAAACAAUUAUUUGGUAUUUUUUAUCUCAAAAUCUGCCUCAAGUUGUGCGUAACUUGUGCAGUUUGGUGAAGUCUUGGACCUUGAGCAUCGUCACUGUGGAGGAAACCCAGUUUGGUAACGGUGGUGUCCACGGAGAUCGAAGGAAAGCUUUGCGUAAAAAGCAUUAGGCUAGUUUUGACAUUUUGGGACGUCAGCUAAUCCUCGUCCUUGCUGAGAGUCCGAUGAAAGGACCAACUCUCAGAUACUUUAAUUAUUUUUUUACUUGCUCUGGAGGGAAUUGUUGUUGGGUCUCUGCAAAUCAUAGAGUGUGGUCUAGACCCCCACUUUUCUAUCUAGAAAGUGUCCUGCGAUGAUUUGACACUACAUGAAAUUGAAAUUGUCUUGUUGAUAAAGUCAGAAAAUAACUGAAAAAAUCCUGUUACAGUGACGUAUUGUAAAUGUUCGGUUUGACCAACAGUUCAAAACUCAAAUAAAAGUUUAUAAUCAUUUUUAACCAAGACUAACUUCAGAGGAGCUGAAACCAGAUGGUGUUUUUGGUUUAAAAAAUAUCUAAAAAACAUUUUAAUUGCCAAUGUAAAUAAUGGUGCGUU